AGGACCACUUCCUGAAGCUCGAGGCAGGAAGUUAUCUGGUACCUCUGGAGUCCGGUGGAGAAAGUGCUGUCUGCCGCAUUAGUGGCGGCGAGAGCAGGCGGUGGGCCGGUGGACUGGCCGUUUGGUCUCUCCGCAGCUAGGAGCCGGUCUCCACCGCAGCGCCACGGCCCCCUCUUACAGCCUCGACCCCGGCGCGGCUGCCGGGGGGGCUCCUGCAAGCUCCUUGACGCCGCUCCAAGGGACACCUACCUGGGCAUCGCCUGGGCCUCCAGCCAGAGGACUGGCUCCCGGCUUCGGCACUCCAGGUCGCAGUAAGAAGCGCCCUUAUCAACCCCAGCCCUGUCCCCCUCCCUGAGCCAUCGAGACCCUGGUCCAGAGCGACAGCCUUGGACCUGGGACUGGACGGAUCCAAGACGCUCAGCCCCGGCAUCCCACAGACGGGGCUCUGCAUCGUCCCUGAUAUGUCACCCACCGUCUCCCACAAGGACAACAGUCGGCAACGACGGCCAGGGACUUUCAGCCAUUCUCUGGAUAUGAGGAGCGGUCCUUUGCCGCCGGGCGCCUGGGAUGAUAAUCAUCCGGACUUGGUGGGCGGGGAAGGGGACAAAGAAGCUCUUCUGCCGGAUGUCGAUGUUAGUGACCUCUCAAAACCCCCACAGAGCUGCCGGGCCGAAUUAAGCAGCAUUUUGCUGUUGCUCUUUCUUUACGUGCUUCAGGGCAUUCCACUGGGCCUGGCGGGAAGCAUCCCACUCAUUUUGCAGAGCAAAAAUGUUAGCUAUACAGAUCAAGCUUUCUUCAGUUUUGUCUUUUGGCCCUUCAGUCUCAAAUUGCUCUGGGCCCCGUUGGUUGAUGCGGUUUACUUUAGGAACUUCGGUCGUCGCAAAUCUUGGCUUGUCCCUACGCAGUAUAUACUAGGACUCUUCAUGAUUUAUCUGUCCACUCAAGUGGACCAUUUUCUCGGGAAUACAGACGGCAGAACCCCCGAUGUAGCUGCUCUCACUGUGACCUUCUUUCUGUUUGAAUUCCUGGCAGCCACUCAGGACAUCGCUGUGGAUGGUUGGGCGUUAACUAUGUUAUCCCGGGAAAACGUGGGUUAUGCUUCUACUUGCAAUUCAGUGGGCCAAACAGCGGGCUACUUUUUGGGCAAUGUUUUGUUUUUGGCCCUUGAAUCUGCUGACUUUUGUAACAAAUAUUUGAGGUUUCAGCCUCAACCCAGGGGAAUCGUUACUCUUUCAGAUUUCCUUUUUUUCUGGGGAACUGUAUUUUUGAUAACAACAACUUUAGUUGCUCUUCUGAAAAAAGAAAACAAAGAAGUAUCAGUAGGAAAAGAAGAAACCCAAGGGAUCACAGAUACUUACAAGCUGCUUUUUACAAUUAUAAAAAUGCCCGCAGUUCUGACAUUUUGCCUUCUGAUUCUUACUGCAAAGAUUGGUUUUUCAGCAGCAGAUGCAGUAACAGGACUGAAAUUGGUAGAAGAGGGAGUACCCAAAGAACAUUUAGCCUUAUUGGCAGUUCCAAUGGUUCCUUUGCAAAUAAUAUUGCCUCUGAUUAUCAGCAAAUAUACUGCAGGUCCCCAGCCACUAAACAUAUUUUACAAAGCCAUGCCCUACAGAUUAUUGCUUGGAUUAGAAUAUGCUCUACUGGUUUGGUGGACCCCUAAAGUAGAACACCAAGGGGGAUUCCCUAUAUAUUACUAUAUUAUCGUGCUGCUGAGUUAUGCGUUACAUCAGGUAAGCUUGCUUUAUGGAGUAUUUAUUAUAAUUUUAUUUUUACAGCUUUGCAAAAAACUCGGUGGCUCAUGUGUCACAGCAUUGGAUGGUUAUUAUGUGGAAUCCAUUAUUUGUGUUUUUAUUGGAUUUGGUUGGUGGUUCUUUCUUGGUCCAAAACUUAAAAAGUUACAGGAUGAAGGACCAUCUUCAUGGAAGUGCAAAAGAAGCAAGUAAUAACAUUCACUACUGGACAUUCUAGAAAGGUAACUAUAGUCUAGUUUUAACUCAGAGAGCUAUGAUAAUCAGUGUACAGGAGUAUAAAAUAUUACUUUAAACAGGAAAUUAUUAAUAUAAAAUGCCAAAUGGUUAAAAAAUAGAGACCUCUCUGUAUAUUUGAUUUUAUUUUUUCCUUGCCUUGUCAUUGUAUUUCACGUUUACUUCAGGUCAGGAAAUUGGUACUAAAACAACUUUUCUGGCUUUGUUAUUUGAUUUAUACCUUUGUAAUUUACUGACCAAAGCAUGUUUUAAACUGCAAUGCAGUAGUCAUGGGCGGUAACCAUGCAGUCAAGUAUUGUUAUCAGUACCUGUCAUUGAGCUAUAUUUAAAUGUUUGGAAAAAAUAUAUUAAAUGGAACAGAGCUUGAUAUUCAGAUAGUAACUACACCUAGUCUAGCCUUGUUGGGCAGUUAAAUCUUAUUUUGAGUUGCAAAUUGGUUAAAUUGUAUGUGGAAUUUGCUGAAAAGAGAAUGUAAACCACUGAAAUGCCAUUUUAGUUGUUAUUUUUCUGAUCAUAACCACAUUAUACUAAUGAAUCUGUGUUAAAAAAAACAUUUUAAAUGUAUUUCCUGCUUUUGUGAGCAGUAAAGAUUUAUAAGAUUAUUCAAACUAUUUUUUUAUAAAAUGAAAACUAUGAUUUUUAAUUUAUUAACUCCCCUGCCCACCCUCUUUUUGGAAGAUAUUUUGAUUCCUUGUUAACUUUUACCCUAAAGCUUACAUAUUUUUUUUGUCAUCAGUGCUUCAUGGCACAUGGACAGCUCUUGAGGGGGUCAAAUUUAAUGUUGUAUGUAUGUUCAUGGCAAAGUUUUGAAAAUAAAAAACGUUUUUCUUCAAGUAGUUUUUUUUUAUUACUGAAAGAGAAAAAACAGUAAAACUUUCUGAUUAAGUAAAAUUUAAAUGAAUAAUACUAUAAUUUUAGAAACGAAUACUUAGACAAAGACAUUUUGAGCCUUUGACAAAUUACAUGGUGGAAAAGAUUUUCUUAAUUAAGCACUUUACUAAUGUGAAAACAUCUCAGAAUUACUUUAUAUCAAAUUAGGUACUGUUUUCCCACUUAUUAAAACAUAACCUUCUGUUUGUAAACUAUAAUUUCCGGUGGAGAAUUGCUAUCCCAGGAGACUUAAGCUUUGGAGUAAUUUAGCAAUUUGCAACAUAUUAUAUGUACCUGAUAAUAAGGUUCUUCAUGUAUUUUGUGUUAUAUAAUACUCUGACUCUUUAGAGGCUAUAUAAAUCUUUCAAAAGGUAGAGAAAAAGGAAGAUGACUCUUAUUUAAUAAUUAUUAUCUUUGUGGGAACAUACAUACUAAUGUAUGAUUUUGUUAAUUUUAAUAACAUAGGUUGAAUUUUAGAGUGGGGUUUUUACAAAUAAUGGAGGAUAAAAUGGGUGGGAGAAAAUGUUACUCAGCAUCUGAAGAAAAGAUAGAGGCAGUGGCUUCUAGAACUCAUACAUUGUCAUUGGAGAGCCUGUGUUGGGCAUCAGUGUCACAUCCUGAAGAAUCACCUGGAAAAGCAUCCCAGAGACAAGAAGGUCACACCAAACCAUAGACUACAGUGCUUUGUCACAUGGGUUGUCCAUUAUCAUGUAUUAUACUCAGAAUGUUUACUUGAAUAAAGAAAACCCACUUAACUCAUA